AUGAACUUUGUAUCUACAACUACUAUUCGUGACGCAGACUUCACUUUCAAUGAUGUUCAGUUUUGGUCUAACCAGUCUAAUCAGACAAUGAAGAUAGAAUCUAGCGAGCUUGUCACCCAUAUUGACUGUAGCAGAAUCCCCAUUUAUUUAAUCAGCGGUAAACCAUUUCUAAUAUUCAGCAAUGAUUCAAAUACGGAGAUAUUUUUCAAACAGAAACUUAUUCAACCUUCGUUAAAAAGGGGCUCCAGGCAUGGUCUUUUGGCCAAUGCAGGUGAACGAAAGUUUAUUGUCUUUUAUUACAACGACCUAGUAAAGUGCUUAGUUUUGGAUUUUACCAAAUUGGUACAAAUGAGAGAGUCAUUAAGGGCAGGUGCUGCUCUCAACAACUCGUUUGUAAAACCGCAAACAGAUACUGGAUCCACAUCAGUGGUCACUGCAUGCGAUAGGAUAUUAAAGAAGAAACAAGAAGGUAAUCCAUUUCUUGCGGUCCCGCCAAAAGUACACAGGACGCUGGUUCUAUCUACUCAAGAGCAAACAAGCACAGCUGUGAAUAAGAUUAUACAGUCAGGAUUGAGAAUUCGUGGUCUCUCUGUGAAUCAAACAGAGUCAUUAAACGAUAAACUAAGGAUUAAGGAGAUAUACCAGAUGACUCACAAAGCGACAAUGUUUUCACUUCGAAAAUACAACUACAGUUUCAACAAAAGGGCCGAGCCAGAGAAAAUGCAGGUGUCAUGGAGCGAUCUACAAGAAACUGUUGAAAAUUUGUUACAUCUAUUCAUUGAUGUGGACUAG